AUGGGAAUCUUGUCGUCCAGACUCGUCGUGUCGGACCCCGCCGCAUUCGCAUCUCCCGUCACGGAGGGCAGCGAUGUGGGUGGCGGCUGCAAGGGCUUCGACUAUGUCAUCGUGGGCGGAGGAACUGCGGGCUGUGUUCUCGCAUCGAGGUUGUCAGAGGAUCCCAAUGUAACAGUUUUGUUGGUAGAAGUUGGCAAGAGCCAUGAGGACGUGCUAAUGAGCCGCAUGCCCCUCGGUUUUACGAAGCUCAUCAAGUCGGAAUAUGACUGGGCUUUUGAGACAACGCCUCAAGCCAAGCUUGAUGGUCGUCGGGUUGCGUGGGCUAGAGGACGUAUGCUUGGUGGUAGUAGUGCCACCAAUGCUCUCAUUUUCCACCACUGUGCCCCGGAAGAUUUCGACGCUUGGGAGAAACAAGGUGCUACCGGAUAUUUGAAGAAGGUGGAGAGUUUCAUCACGCAUCCAGGUUCCAACAUCGAGAAGGCACUGCAUGGCGACUCUGGCCCUGUGCAAACACGAGUGUCACCAUUGACUCCUGUGUCGAAUGUGAUCCUCGAUACAGCGGUCAAUCUCGGUGUGUCGCGCACGAACGACUUCAAUACCGAGAACGGUACGCUUGGCGUGGGCCCGUUUGUAGGCACUAUUGACAGCAAGAGCGAACGAAGUUCUGCGGCUGCCGCAUACCUCGGCCGUGACGUCCUGAAGCGGCCAAAUCUAACCGUUGCCGUGAGUACCACAACAGAAAAGAUCCUCUUUACCACCGACGGCGAUGGUGCGGCCCGUGCGACAGGUGUUCAAGUCGCGUCUAGCAAAGGGCGAAGGAAAUACCAAGUCCGCGCAAACAAGGAGGUGAUUGUCUGCGCAGGCGCAGUUGGAUCACCUCACCUUCUCAUGGUAUCUGGAAUUGGACCUGCUGCGCAUCUGACGGAGAAAGGUGUGCCCGUUGUAUGCGACAGCCCCGCUGUGGGUACGAAUCUUUUGGACCAUCUGUCUGCGGGAGCAAUGAUCAUGAGAGCAAAGCCUGGGACGACCCUAGACUACUUGUAUAGCCCUGCAUCUGCCGCAUGGCCUGUUCUGCAGUGGCUGAUGUUGGGCUCUGGUACAAUGUCAUCACUGAUCAGCCAGAUCGGUCUGUUCAUUCGUUCUGACGACGAAAGACUUCCCUUCACCUCCGUAGGAGGCGCUGUUUUGCCUUCCGCUGACCAUACCUCAGGGCCAAAAGCUCCUGAUGUUGAAGUCGUGACAUGCCCCAUGGCGGUUAUUGACUGUGGGACUGUAAUCCCACCGGCUGGCGGCAUUACAAUUGGACCUAUUCUUCUCAAGCCAGAAAGUUCCGGCACAGUACGCUUACAAUCGGCGAGCAUUUGGGACCGGCCGCUUAUAGACCCGAACUAUCUUGCCUCGGAGAGCGAUCGCAACAUCCUCCUGAAGUCGAUGCGGCUCCUCAUCCGCCUUGCGCGGACUGAGCCGCUCUCGUCUUCCCUGAUCCUUCGAGACUCGCCGUCGAACAGUGACUUUGACCCAUACUGGCCAAGCGAUGUCAAUCCUGACACGGUUUCGGACGAAGACCUUGAGACAUGGAUGCGCAAGCACGCGCAGACAGCAUGGCAUCCGACUUCAACGGUGAGAAUGGGCCCCGUCCCUGGAGAGAGCGCAGUUGACUUGCAGCUGCGUGUCCAUGGUGUGAAGGGCUUGCGUGUGGUGGACGCAUCUGUCUUUCCUGACCAGGUGUCUGGGCAUACGUGUGCUGUGGUUUAUGCGUUGGCGGAGCGCGCGGCAGAUCUUAUCAAAGAGGCCUCCUUGCAGACAACAAACUCGACCUAG